CAGGCGUCGUCACAUCACCAGUCUCCUUGUGGAAGCUGUUUUCCUCUGUCAGUAUUUGUCUAACUCUCUCAAGUUAUCUCAGAAUGGCACCCAAGCGCGCAGCUGUGGAUUCUGAGCCGGGGACAUCGGCCAAGGCACCGGCCAAGCCAAAAGCCAAGAGGAAGAAGCCCAGUCCUCCCAAGGCUCCAAAGUGUGGCUGUAGGGGAGACUGUGGGUCAAGCAAGUGUGGCUGUGGAAAGAAGGGGGAGGCCUGUGGUGAUGCGUGUAAGUGUACCAGCUGCAGAAACCCCUUCAACAUCCUCAAGGAGUAUAACAUUGACUGCACGGCAGCCGCCCAGGACAAAUGUCUCAUGGACAACAUCUACAAGAUUGGAGACCUUCGAAAGUACCUGGAGUCAAAUCGUGAGCUGAAUUGCUGUGGACAGUCUGUACAGCUGAAGGAUAAGAUGUUCCCUGGGGUCAUCACCUGUCCUGAGGAGGACUGUUACGGGGAGUGGAGGUACUCCUGGUGCUGGCAUGAGUUUGUUGAUGAGGAGAACCGCCCACGUAACCACUGUGGCACCUGCCGCAAGUGUGGCGACUACAGGGACGCUCAUUGUGAGAAAUGCAACAAGUGCUACUUUGCUGGCCUGUCCGGUUUUGAGUGCCCCUGCAAGGAUCGGCCCCCAAAGGGAAGCAUGAACUCGCUGGGCCUGAUGCUGUGGGCCAUGCAGCAGUUUGCUGGGGAUGACAGCGACAGACUCAGUGACGAGUCUGAAGACGAAGGGUUCUUCUAAAACUCGAAAGCUCUCUAAGAUCAAAGAACUGUGUGAACAUCACUGCUGAGACUG